AGAUUUGUCAAUUUACUUCCUUUUUAGGAACAUGCUUGUACCAUUAGGAACCUAAUACAUUCCAGAAGUGUCCCUAUGAAGAAUAAACUGAAACUUGACUUAUAUGCUGAUGGGCGCCAUGGGAUGGUUCAGAUAGAAAAUGUCCGACUAUCUGCUAAGAUGGUUGAUUUGCCUUGUGUUAUUGGAAGCUUGAAAACUCUUGAUAAGAAAAGCUUUUAUAAAACAGGAGAUAUUUCCCAGAUGCUUGUGUGCAGUAAUGAUGGUAUUCAGCCUUCUCCAGAGGAAGCAGCUACUUGUACUAACCCUACUGUAACUGGAAAUGAGGAGAAAAAGAAAAAAUAUGGCUGGAAACAUGGUAUCGCUCCACCACUUAAGAAUGUCAGAAAGAGAAGGUUCCGGAAAGUCAAAAGAAAGGUCCCUGAGGCCAAGUCAGCUGAGGAAAUGAGCUUUUUUGAGUUCAUUGACUCUCCAGAAGUGGAAAAGGAAGUGAAGAGACUGCUCUUUUCUGAUGCUGAAGCCAUUAAUAUACGAUGGGAAGUUGUUGCUGAUGAAGAAAACAAGGAAACAGAAUUUCAAAGAUGCCUUUCAGACUCUCCGGUAUCUCCAGGAACUGGUGACUAUAAGGAGGAUUAUAGCUUAUCAGAAUAUGAGAGACUGCGGAAGAUGUUCAGUGAUUCUAGUAGUACCAGUGAAGAUGAUGGUAAAUAUGAGAAAGAUGAGAAGGAUGAUGAUGAUGAACUCAUAGAGGUGGAAGAAGAGGAAGACGAUGGUUUUGAAGAGGAUCAAGAAAGGAUGCUACAAGCCAGAAUUCUCGAAGUCAAGAAGUAUGAAAGAAUAGAAGAUAUCUGUGAGCUAGUUUUGGAACUUCAGAAGCAGAUUUAUUUUAAGGAGAAAAAACUGCAAAGAAUUCAGAGCAAAGCAGAAAGGCAGAAGACUAUCAUCAAGAAAGUGGAUAAUCUGCUCCUCAAGGCUCAUUUGCAUUCUGUGCUGGAACAGCUUAGGUUACAGGAAAAGGAAAGGCAGAAUCAGCUCUUUUUCCUUCAGGAACAAUUGAGAUACUUUCAGAAGAAGUGAGAAGAGUUCACCAUCUAGUCUGAAGAUGAGGUGAAACUGAUGUUUCUUAUGAUGAAUCAGUUGCAUUUGUUUUUUUUUUUAAAUCUUUUUUUUUACUAGUUAUAAUGUGUUCAAAGAUCAUUGUCAUUUAGAUGAGGACAGUA